AUGAUCGAUAAAAUUUAUCAAUCUCAAUGGGGAUCAAGUUUUUAUAUCCACCGUAGUAUAAAAUGCAUUACUAUACUAUACAACAUCGGAGGUUAUAAUUAUAACUAUAUUAUCUAUAAUUUUCGAGGUUGGAAUAGGGACUGCAAAUGGUGUAACUCAUUAGAUGUACUUGAAGAAUUAAUAUCACCUACUGUUUCUUUAGGAUAG